AUGAAUGUAAUACAUAAUAAUAGUAAUAAAAGCUGCAGAAUAAUAGAAAUAAAUUCUAAAAUGAGACUGAGGCUACCAAAGAGGUACCUCUGUUUAGAUCCUGAAUAUCCAAACAAUUAUGAUUACGUCUUCAAAACAAAACCACAAACCAAUAAAAAUAAAAAUUCAUCAUUAAUUCUGCCAAAUUGCCGAACGUUUCUUUUAUCUCUUAUAUCGGAUUACGAAACUUUACAAUCCAUGACCCUUGGGGCCAAUCUACCAUUAGAAUCAAUUUUGUUCAGCUUGUUCUACGAUUCACGUUCGAACUCUAACAGGCGUAUUAAAAUAUCGUAA